AUGAAAAGUUUAUUAUAAAGAAGUUCAUAUGGAGAAUUAUCAUCCAUUCGUUCCUAUCCAACAGAGAAAUUGAAUACACAAUCUGAUAGUGAAUUGGUUGAAGUUGAUAUGGAAAAACUAAAUUUUCAUUCAUUUUAUUUGCUCUCAGAUCCAAUUCAAUUAUAAUCUAAUUAAGUAGAAGGGGAGUUACUUAUUAAAGAUCUUAUUAAAAAGAUAAUUGCCAAAGUCUCAAAAAAAAUCACUGAAAAUGAAUAAAUCAAAAUGCUACCAAUAAUAGGUUAUUAAUCUUCCAUUGAUAGAAUGUCACAUCCAAUUCAAUAAUACUUUAGACAACAUGAAGAUCCUACUUUUGAUUAUUUGACUGGAGGAUUAGAAGAGGAUGAAGAACCUGUAAUUUAAACUUUCAAAUUCAUAGGUUAGAUUUCAGCAAGAAUAAUGGUUAGUGUAAAAAGUUAAUUCAAUACCUGCCAAGAUAUUAGAAGUAGAAUAAUAAAGCACAAAUUCUAAUCGUUAAUCUUUAACUGCUUAAACCUUUAAGAGAUCAAGAGUCUUAAUUUAAGUAUUUGAAACUUAUUUCUAAACUUUAGGAUUAAGCUUAAUUGAAUAAUUAAAAAAAUGUAAGAGAAAAAGAAAAAUUACCAGGUAUUGUUGAUCUCAAUGACCCAUUGGAUAUUAGUAUGACUGAAGAAUUAUUGAGAGCAUAAAAGGAGAGAGAUUAUAAAAUUAAAUAAGAUUUGAAAGAACAAGAAAAAAGGAGGAAAUAAAAAGAAAUGGAAGAGUAAUAAUUGAAAUAUGAACUUAUAUCUAAAGAUAAAAAAUCUAAAUCAUAUACUUAUGAUUAUGAUGGAAAAUUGAUAUCUGUAACAGCUUUAAAAGGUCAUAAAUUUCCACCUACAGCUGCAACAUUAGGGUAUUCAAAUUAAUAAUUAAGAGAUCCAAAUUUGAGGAUGGUCAAACUAAAAUUAAUAUGUUUAAUAAGAGAAAAACCUUUUUUUAAAGUUCAAGUUCUCAAAUCAAAAAGAAGUAAGAUGAUGAAAAAGAAAAAGAUCCAAAAGAACUUAUUAAAUUUUAGUCUCUUGCACCACUUGUUAAUGAAAAUAUGCAUUUAUAAUCAGGAGUUCUUAUUAUAUAAGAAGGUAGAGUUAGAGAAGGUCCAAAAGAUCAACCAAUUAAUCUAGAUAAAAUGAGUGAUCCUGCUUUAAGAAUGAUUAGAAAUGAAUACUUGUCUUUAACUUAAUAAAUUAAUGCAUCUCUUAAUUAAUCAUCAGCAUAAUUAGUUAAAGCAGAAGAAGCUAAAAUUAAAGAAUUUUCAAAUGAUUAAGAUAAAAAACAAAUUCUUAAUAGAAUUCGUAGGUUAAGUUAACCAAGUAUUACAAGUGAUGGAAAUAUUAAGUAAGUUAAAUUUCAUUCAACUUUUAUUUAGGAUUAAUUCAAUGCAUAUGUAUGAAUAGGUGGCCUAAGUUAUUUUCGAAAAUAAAGAAUAACAUCUAAUUCCUAUAAAUAAACCAAUUAAUAAUAAUAAUACAAAAGAUAUGCAAAUCAUGAAAACUCCUACUGAUCAAUACAAUAUUUCACUCUAUAAAAAUACUGCUUUGAGUAAAGAAGUCCCUUCAAUUUAAGGUAAUACUACUAAACUUAAAGGCAGUAAAGCUAAAGUAAAGUAAAACUUUUUUAAUAUAUUAUAGAGAUAUGUUAUCAAGUGUUGGAAUAGUCGUUAAAAGAACUCGAGAGAGAAGAGGAAAUUCAGAAAUAACACAUCUUCCAAAAAUGAAAAAUAUUUCUCAAAUUUGA